GGUCUUGGCUGGCACACAGGGGGCCUGGUCCUUCACCUCUGUCCUCUGUCCCUACGGACACAUAUAAGACCCUGGUCACACCUGGGAGAGGAGGAGAGGAGAGCACAGCGCCUGCAACAAGAUGGAUGUGGGCAGCAAAGAGGUCCUGAUGGAGAGCCCGCCGGACUACUCUGCAGCCCCCAGGGGCCGAUUCGGCAUCCCCUGCUGCCCAGUGGACCUGAAACGCCUUCUCAUCGUGGUGGUGGUGGUGGUCCUCGUCGUCGUGGUGAUCGUGGGAGCCCUGCUCAUGGGUCUCCACAUGAGCCAGAAACACACGGAGAUGGUCCUGGAGAUGAGCAUGGGGGCACCGGAAGCCCAGCAAUGGCUGGCCCUGAAUGAGCACCUGGGUACCACUGCCACCUUCUCCAUCGGCUCCACUGGCCUUGUGGUGUAUGACUACCAGCGGCUCCUGAUCACCUACAAGCCAGCCCCUGGCACCUGCUGCUACAUCAUGAAGAUUGCUCCAGAGAGCAUCCCCAGUCUGGAGGCUCUCACUAGAAAAGUCCAGAACUUCCAGGCCAAGCCCGAAAAGCCAGCCCCUAAGCUGGGCCAGGCGGAGGGGCGUGAUGCGGGCUCAGCACCCUCCAGAGGGGACUCGGGCUUCCUGGGCAUGGCCGUGAGCACCCUGUGUGGCGAGGUGCCGCUCUACUACAUCUAGAACUCCUCAGGGUCAGUGGAAGCCCCAAGGGGACAGGAAACGCCCCAAGAAAAGGGUCUUUUGCAACUUUUGCAGACAGGCAAGAAGCUGCUUCUGCCCACACCGCAGGGACAGGCCCUGGAGAAAUGGGAGUUUGGGGAGAGGAUGGGAGUGGGCGGAGGUGGCGCCCAGGGGCCGGGGAACUCCUGCCACAACAGAAUAAAGCAGCCUGAUUGAAAAGCAAA